CAAGUAACUAGGCGUUCUCGUUGACGCUUUGGCGUGUCACGCGCCUGUGGCAGCGCAGCGACAGACUAGGAAGAGAGAUUUCAACAAAUUUGGACGUGAAGACAAUCGGGUUCGGCUGAGACUUGUGUGUGUGAAGUCAUCUCUUCGCCCCGCGCAUGUCCGACCGACUUCCUGCGAAGAUUUUCUCUGGCAGUCUCUCUCGUCCAGCAACUCGUCGAGUUACCCUAAUUGAAGGAGACGAAAGUCGGCUUUCGAUUACCUGAUCAUUUAUUGCUUAUGAGGCAAUCUUUGCGGCACCUAGAUACUACCUGGCAUUGGAUUCGAUGAUUCACGCUGGGCGCAACAGCACAAACACCCAAUAAAAUCAUCUCCGAAAUGCAUACUCUUGACAGGAGCUGAUGGUUAGCAUUGUUGCGAAAUCCAAAGUCGCGAUGUUUCCAAUGCUCGGAAUCUGCAAUGCGCCUUACAUAUCCGACGAGGCGUGCUUGGUCGAGCCGACGAUUGCGGAGCCAGUGAUUGAUUGAGGACAUGUGCCGUUGCGCACUUUGCUGGACAGCGGAAGUCGGCAUACGCGUAGAAGAGGUGACACUUGCUUCUACAGACAAGCUAUCAAACAGCCCGGAGGCUUUGUUGCUGGCCUCUCAAGAUCGUUCUGGAUGCAAUGACUACGACGAGGUUGCAGAUGGAGUUCCUUCCACUCGAACGGAAUUGCCAAGAGUCGUGAGAGAAACCUUUGUCACAAACUUGUGUCGAACUGGAGUCUGCCAUAUUCACUGCUGACUAGAUGACGAUCAAGGUGUGGGAGCUUUGUCCAGAGUAUCGUCUGCACUACCGGUUCAUGCGCGGCUGCGCCAACAGAUCAAGAUCAAAUGCACUUGGCCUUUUGCCGGAUCCGUUGGUAUCUUGAGGGUGCUUAGACUGCGGAUCAUUUUACCGGGACUAAGAUGCCUCUGUGCUGUGCAUCUACUCAUAUGGGAUCGUCGCGAAAAACCCGCCCCCCCCGUGAGAGUCGAAUAUUCCUUGGUCCUCGCAAUGGCAACACUUGCACACGCUCUCGAUGGCCUGGUCGCUCGUGAUACUACGGGUCACUGCCGCGGCGGGCGAGUCCUUCUAGGUGCUCCAAGUCUUGGUCAUGGAUACGCAACGAAACUGUUCGCGCAGUACUACUCCCCCUCCGACAAAAGAAAACUGCCUUAAACGAGACGGCGAAAGAGAGAAAAAAGGUCAAAAGAGACUCGAAACAAAAAGCGAGCUGCAGCAUCGCACGUGGCUGCCACGCAACCCCC